CACUUCCGUUUGGAUCCGUAGAUUCGCCGACUUGUAUAAAAGUACAGGAGUCGCUGGUCUAUGAUAUUAUUCGAUUCUUUGCUCCUAAAGCAAACAGAUCAUCUAGAAUGAAAUUCUUCAUCUUGACUUUGGCCGUGGUUGGGUGUGUGGCCGCCGAAUCUGGCUACAACUACAAUGCUCCCCGCCAGGUAGCCGCCCCUGCUCCUGUUUUCCAGCAAGCUGCCUCUGCUCCGGCUCCAGUGAGGACCUACGUGCCCCCAGCUCCAGCCGCCUCUGCCCCAGUGCAGUCGUUUGCCCCUGCCCCAGCUCCAGUAGCUGCUCCUUCUCCCGUUUUCCAGCAGGCCGCCUCUGCACCAGCACCAGCCUGCACUUACGUGCCUCCCGCUCCCCAGGUCCACCACCAUGCCGCUGCCUCAGCUCCAGCUCCCGUUCAGUCCUUUGCUCCUGCUCCGGCUCCCGCUACUUUCGCUGCUCCCGCUCCGGCUCCAGUUUUCCAUGCCGCUGAGUCUGCCCCCGCUCCAGUGAGGACCUAUGCCCCCGUGCAGUCCUUCGCCUCUGCUCCUGCUCCUGCUUUCGAGUCCUCCGGACCGGUGUUCGAGGCCGCCGCUUCCGCGCCCUCUCCCGCCCGCUCCGGAUACGAUUAUAGCCAGCCCGCCGCCAGCCAGCAGGGAUACAAGUACAAGACCGUCCGUCGCCGUGUGUUCAAGCACCGCGCUUAGACGAUAAUGAUGAUACGAUAAAAUGCGACAAUAAAAAACGCGAAUGUUAAAUUUAUAAAAACAUAGUUUUAUUUGAGCAUUAAAACACCAAUAAAGAUAAUAUGAUAAUUGGAUAA